UGUAGUAUUUGAAAAAAAAAGACACAAAAAAAGUUACUUCAGCGUGAUGCCCUUUUAAGAAGUUUUUCCCUGCUCAUAUAAGAUAACCUUGCUUGACGAUUUCUAGCAAUUAAUGGAUUGGCAUUUCAAGCAGAUCAAACUUUGAUGUCAAAUUUGGCGUGUCACUGAAUUUAAUAGGCCAGCAGAACUGGGAUUCAAUGAGCAUGAUAUUCACAUGUUUAUCGCUGACUGCUUUACCUGUCCUGAAUGUUCUGUUGUCCAAGUUAAAUGCAAUAACUUCCCUUGACUUCAUGAUCGGUUAUUUAUUGUCAAUAGACCUUUUUUGCCAGGAGAAUAUAUCUCAGAUGCAAUCCAGUUUUACCCAAAGAAUAUAUGUAUUUGUACACCGAAGGACAUGAUAAGAAUUCGUCCUGUUAACAAAUUCUUGAUAAAAAUUUUCAAAAAUCUAAGAAUAUUAAACACUUUAAAAUCCAGUGUUUUAGACGCUUCAAUAAAGCAUAAUAAAGUGUCUUGUUGACUAAGAUUUAAGCUAAAAUAAUCAGUUUGUGAAUUCAAAGCCGUUUUAGCUUACAGGAUCUAUCUUGCAGGAUACAAGCAAGAAUAAUACAAUUAAUAUUGCUGACAUCAAACCAGGGUCGAAGAAUUCCACAUUUUGGUAUAAAAGUGUACUAUGAACCCCUACCAGACAUCUGUCUGCCAAAAUUUCAAAACCAUGUGUUGAAGUCAGAGGAAAACCAAGGAAGACAAGUCCCAUUUUUGCUUCUGCCUAGCAAUAAUUGGCCUGCAGCAGAAUGCUAUAUAUGGUAAAGUCCAUUAACCGAUCAUGGUGUGCCAAAAUUAAUGUCAAAUAUUUAAUGCUUCAGUGAUAACCAGUUCCAUUACAAUACACACUUAAUUGUUCAUCACUAUAUAUAGGUAAUACAUGUAGAUGCAUAUCACCUGUAUAAUGUGGAGCAUUACAAUGACAAAUUCUAAGCUCAUUUUAAGCAAGGCCUUCUUUGUUAUACAACAUCAAGAUGUUUCAUCUAGAAAAUUAAAAAACUACUUAUUUUGAUGACUUCCUACCAGCUUCACAUAAAAAGCAUGCUUGCCGUGUGUCAUCUUGUCGUAGCUUUCAGGUGUCCUGUAUACAGUAAAUCAGUGGUCAGUCCAGUGUAGCAGAAUGAAAAGGAAACAUGAAGGCAUCAUUAGUUAUCCUAUAUAUAUAGCACUCCAAAAUGCUAGCUCUGUGAUGCUAUAUAGCUAUAGGUAGACUUGGAGAGAUCAUUUAUAUUGUAUCGAAAGAUUAGUGCCUUGAAAAUGAACAUGCAUACCUUCCUGUAUAAGUACUGCCUAAAAUUUGUUUAAGAAAAAGAAAAAAGAAAAAAGGAAAAGAAAAAAAUGAGGCCACAUUGAAAAUUAGCUAGGGUUUGUCAUGAACGGUAUAUGCCAAUUUGCUGUAACAAAGAAUUUUGUUCAUGCUCUCUCAGUAAGAAAAGAUGUAUGGUGCUGAUGGUAUUCAUGAAGUACAGUCCUUUAAAUAAGCAUUCUUUUUAAUUUUCAGCAAUUCCUUUAAUAUCUAUCGGUUAUUCUAUCUGGUGUUUUUAAGUAGUUAGCAGGCAUUUGUAGAAAAGAAAAAAACCCACACAAUUUCAAGCCUCAUGAAAUACUCUAAUUUUGUAAAUUCCAAGGGAAGAUAUGCAUGUAUGUUAUGAGAGAAAAAUGGUUCAUGACUAAUUCUUUGUAAACUUUCCAUAUAAAUAUCUUUAUACAUAAAAGCUGGCAUAAAAUCCAGGAGCAAUCUAAAUAAUGAUAUCCAGCUAGGAAACUUGAUGUGACAGACGAACAAAUACACAUAGCAUAUCUCAUUUAUUAUGUCUGUCAGACUAAGAAUUAUUAAUGUUGGGAGUGAUAUUUUGUGAAGAGGGACAACAUUAAUCUUCAGGGAAGAGAGAAAAAAACAUAGUAAUUACUUGAAAAAACAUGAGCAUGUCUCCUCCGAUUAGUACAUUAUUUUGGUGUUAUAAAUUCUGCUGCCAUGCACACUGAAUGUGUUGAUUUGUUACAUGGUUUUUAGGUUAGGGCACCUGUCUCCUGUAUAACACUGCUCAACAUAUAUGUGAAGCUGGCCAGUGUGUACAUGUAUUUGAGUUGUGUCCGUGCAGACAUUUCUGAGGAUUGCUGAAGUUUUACACAGUGCCAGCAAAAAUGAAUAGUUAUGCUUGUGAAAUUGAGGGAUAUUACUUCUUUUAAGCAUUUAAAACUGGAGAACAUUUGAAUGUAUUUAAUAUUCUGCUGCUUUAGUUUGAAAAAACAAGAAAUGCAUCGAAUAAAUUUACCUAUUGCAUUCCAUCCAUUGCGAUUUGGAUUAUGUUUACCAACCGAAGUACUUGUUCCACCUGUAUAUACUAUUGGGACUAAUAAAAUUGUGACACUCAACGUGCAGAUGAAUCGUAAUCAAAGGAAUCACCAUUCCAACUUCAAUCACCGUGGGAAUCGAGGUGAUGGGGAUGGAGGGAUGGGAUUCAACAGACAGGGGCUGCUCGGAGAACCACCAGGGAUGGGGGGAAUGGCCAGUCCCCAGAUGUCGGGAGGACUUGGUAUCUUGGGGAGUGCUCCAGGACAGGGAAUGCCAGCUGGAAAUCUCCCUGGACCAAUGGGAGGAGCUAUGAACCAGAACAUGUUUGGUGGAAUGGGAGGAGGAGGAGGAGGAUUAGGGCCACAGAUGGGGAUGGGACAAGGAGGAAUGGGCCAGGGAGGAAUGGGUCAAGGAGGAGGAAUGGGCCAGGGAGGAAUGGGCCAAGGAGGAAUGGGACAAGAAGGAAUGGGACAAGGAGGCAUGGGACACCAGGGCAGAGGAGGAGGAGGAGGAGGAGGCAUAGACCAGGGUGACAUGAACCACGGUGGCCAGGGUGGUAUGAACCAAGGGGGAGGUAACCAGGGUAUGAUGGGCAUGCAGCAACAGAUGGCAGCAGCAGCAAUGCGGGACUCACAGCUCCAACUGGUCAGUAACCUCAUACAGCAGCAAGGAGGUAUGUCCUCCUCCAUGAUGGGUGGGCCCAACCAGGGAGGCAUGAUGUCUGGGGGGCCUGGCAUGGGAGGUGGAGCUGGCCUGCUAGGCAUGGGGGGUAUGGGUAAUAACGAAAUGCAUCGGAACUCGGAGCGACGAAACAGUGGCGGCAACAACAUCCCUUCCCUGUUUGACAUCAACCCAAAGAAUACUGGACUCCUGGGGAAAAGAGGAAACAACAGCGGCAGAGAUAGAGAGAGUCAUUUUCCUAACAACCAGACCAACAACAACAAACGAAUGAGACAGAACAGUCAAGGGCAAUCCCCUCGAGGCUAUCACCAAAACCGUCAAGGUCAGCAAUAUCGUCAGAGUCGCUGGAGCGAUCGCAGCCCCACCAGAGCUGGCGGUGUCCGCCCCAGAGAGCGAGAUUUCCGACGUCCAUCAAGCAGGGACUCAAAAUACUCUGACCGUUCCCCGAACUCCCGCACUUCGCGGGACAGGCGGGAAUCAGGGUCAUCAAGGAAAGACGAGUCCGAGGAGUAUGAUCCUGCUCAGCCUACAGAAGAGGAUGACGAGCUUGAUGUUCCGCCACUGGAGAGUGAUCCAGAGGAUGUCAUCCUGAUUCCUGAGGUGACAGUUCAGCUGAACCAUGAUGACAAACAGACCAAAGAGGAUGACGUGGACGAAUCCAUGGAGGAAGAGAACAAGUCUCCGGGCCUGGCCGAGGGAGGGGACUCCAGCCUCACCAUCACGUUAAGUGGGUCUGGUCGCUCCGUCAAUGAUGCUAACACAGAGAAGACGGAAGAUACCACCCCAACCAAAAAGUCAAGCUACUACUGCCACGCCUGUGGGGUGGAAUGUCGCACAGAGGAGGGUUUUGCGAAGCAUAUGAAUGGCAAGAAGCACAAGGUGAGAAUGGAGAGUCUUCUCACACUACACCAAGAGAAAUCAAAACAGUUUGAGGCCAGAAUCAAAGCAGAGGAGCACCUGAGGAAGAUUGAAGGAAAACCAAGGCAGGAGAGGCGCAGUAGUGCAGGGGAUGGUGGUCGGUAUCAACAGUUCUCAGGACGGUACUCAAGGGAGAACUUUGGUAACACUCCACCUUCUGGUCGCUUCCGUCACCCAGGACCCACCCACAUGACCCCUUCAGGUCAACGACGUGGCAACCAAGGAAAUUCGGGUGGGGCGUGGUUGAGAAAGAAUCUCCGAGAUCGUGCAAGGAAGUCCAGCCGAGAAGAUGACGAGGACAACGGAUUUCCAGAUUUUGGUGACAUGGUCACUGUAGAUACCAUUGGAUUUGAAGAUGAUUAUUUAUCCCAGGAUAGGUCCGAUGAUGACCAGGAUGGGUCUGAACAGACUCGGAGUGAGUGCCCUGACAAGGAUGAUAAGGUGGACAUUGCCCACAGUCAAAAGGUGUAUGACCCAGACAAUGCUGUUGGCCAGAAGUAUAUUGUGCCAGUUUCUGGAUUCUUCUGUAAACUCUGUCAUCGAUUCUACAACAGUGAAUCAGCUGCCAAAAUCAGCCAUUGUCAAACAGAGUCACACUUCAACAAUUACCAGAAAGCUAUGUUAAACAAAAUACUCAACAAGAAAAAUAGGAAGGCACCAGAAAAGGAUCAAGCAAAGCAAAGUCCUCCGCUAAAUCAAAACGAAUCUGGAGAAAUUAAGGAAGAGAAGAGCCAAUCAAAAAAUAACCAAGAAAACAACCAACAGGAAAACAAAGAGGACAUUGACCAAUCAGAGACCACACAAAGUAAUGGUGAUAUCAGUAAGGAGGUUGUUAGCCAGUCAGGUGACUCUGUAAUGAAACCAAAGACAGAGACUCCUGAUGUAAUAGAGAUUGACAUGGAUACUGAGGUCAAAUUGUUGGAGGGCUCAAGCGAGGCGGGAAGUCCCGAGGAACCGGACGAGGAUAGUUUACUGGAGGGAGAGGAGGAGGAAGUUGAGGACAUGGAGGCAGAAUCGGAGGAUCCUAAACCAGAACCUGUGAAUACUAAACUUGGUCAAAGAGGAAGGGGUGGGGCUAGGGGUAGGGCAAGGCGUGGCAGGCGAGGAAAAAACUGAGGAUUAAGCCUAUUUAUAUAAUUUUUACAUUUCAUUGACAGUCACAUUUGAUGACAAAUUUUUUGAAUGUCGGACAUU